AUGUCGCAAUCUACCUACAUUGUGUUUGGGACAAUCUUUUUCGAUACCUUUUCAACACUCUUCUCGGCCUACCAGGUCUUCCUACGCAUUUCUAUCUAUCACCCGACAUCUGAAGGCCUUAACUUCUGGACAAAACAACUUCUCGUUCUCGCCAUUGAAAUGGCUGUGCUGAGCAUUUCUAACUGCAUCGUUCCGUGGUAUGAAGCACAGCAAGAGCGAUGGCGCAUGUCGACGGAUCCCUUAGCAGACAAAGAGUUUCAAAUUCAGGCCAAUGCAAGUGAAUUUGUUAAAAGGGCAUGUCAAAAUGGAGAUCUAAAUCAUCAGUUAUCUCACAUAUCUGAACCUCUGGAGUUGCAACUUGAAGAUAAUCAGGGAGUUCAAGGCAAAGAUGACGAAUACCAAGCUCUUUGUUCGGAUAUCAGCGAUGCUGUUGAAGACCUUGAAAAUAUUAUCUCGCAAACUGGAGACUCUGGUGUCAGCAACGCUCAUGACCUUGAUACUUUAUGGGGCUUGAUAGAGAGGAGUAAAUGGGCCGUUGAAAGUGAAGACGGUGUCAAGGAAAUACACGGUGAUGAAAUCGACGAAGAAGAAUGGAGCAUCCUUGGGGAGAGUGUUGUUCUGGUACAUCGAAACGAGGGAAACAUGAGCAGUUGA